AUGUUGUCGGGCAUACCAUGUGUACCUGUUGGUGGAAGCAACUUGUGGCUAAUGAAUAAGCUUAUUAAAUCAUUACCACCCCUAGUUAGAAGGAUGCCUGGAAGACCCAAAGUAAAUAGAGUGAAGCAUGCAUCUGAAUCAGAAGAUGCCAAAUACCCCUUUCAAAGGUUAAAGGUUACUAGGACUGUGAGGUGUGGAAAGUUCCAACAACUUGGGCAUAAUAAGAUUUCAUGCACAAAUGAUGAGGUACCUAAGCCACCUAUCCCAAAAAGGAAGAUUGGAAGACCUAGGAAAGAUGGGGGAGGCCAACCUAUCUUUGAUCAAUUCCCUCCAGUUGAGCCUGUUGUACCAAGAAGUGAUGUUGAUCCUCCCACAGUUUCAGAAUGUGGUGAUCAAGUUAGUGGGAUUGAUGUACCAAGAAGUGAUGUUACUCCUCCCCCAGUUUCAAAAUAUGUUAAUCAAGUAGGUGGUCCUAAUAUUAGUCCUCUGAAAAGGACUAAGAUGAUGGCAAGGAGAAGAGGGGAAACUAAAGUUUCUGGAUCAAGGAACAAAACACCAAAGAAAACACCUAAUGGUAAGAAACAUAAGAGUAAUGCAAAGGAGGAUGUGUCCCUAACCUAUGAUGAGGAUUUUGUUGAUCUUUUUACCCAUGCACCUAAUGGUAAGCAAGGUAUGAGUCAAGCAACAGAGGAUAUUCAGGAACAAGAACAUGAUGACAAUGAAGUGAAGGUGAGUGAAAGACUUACUUUACAGGAGUUGCUGAUGUCUGGAUAUACACAUGCUGAAGCAGUGGCUGCUAUGAAAGAGAGGAAACCCUCUGAAAGAAUUAGGAAGUUGAAGCUCAGGAAAAUGGUUGAAGAUGUUGAUGGUGGUGGUUCCUCCAAAACCCCUUGGGUUUUAGAGUAA